GGUUGGGAAAUAAGUUGUGCGCAAAACCAACCCCUUUCCCACACUCGCUUCAUAGAUGCCGAGCUGAACACAUCAUCCACUCCGGGUGCGUAGGGAAGAGAGAGAGAGAGAGAGCUCAGUGCAGAUCCUUAGUAUGCCCUCAUUUAUAUAAAAAAUAAAGAAAAAUAAGUUGUGCGUAUUCAAUUGGUUUUGGCGUCGUUUUAUCCGGUUUUAUUUAUUCGCGUGUGACACUGGUGCAUGUGGUGACUUUCACCUCCUAGACAUAGCCGCUAAAGAGGGUUAACUAAGAAGAGUUUGGCGUUGCGUCUUGGCUCGGUCUGAUGAUGAUUCCUCUGACGCCAGAACUCGUAUUCCGGAGGAGAAGUGGUUAAUGCAUUGACGCUGGGAUCAGAUGGCUGCUCAGCUGCCCGGGACUGAAACACCACUCAGCUCUCACAGCGACUCCGGGACACCGACGAGAGGAUUUUCCAAACUGUGUGGGCUUAAAAACGUCUCGUACGCUGCGUUUUACGCGCGGACACUGGAUUCUGGAAAUGCCCGUUUCUGCUCAGUAUGAAUAAGAAUGAAUAACUGUGGUAUAGCCGAGCUUUCAUCCUCUUAAGUGCACUUCAGAGCGACAGUGGAGAUGAUUUGUUUGCUGCUGCUCGUCCUGUCCUGCCUCCUGCACGGAGCCGUUUCCCAGCUCCACUACUCGGUUCCAGAGGAGCAGGACCCGGGUUCGGUCGUUGGGAAUAUCGCAGAGGAUUUAGGACUGGACAUCACGAAACUUUCCGCCCGGCGCUUCCAGACGGUGCCAAGUUCCCGGACGCCGUACCUGGAGGUAAACCUGGAGAACGGCGCGCUGCUGGUGAAGGAGAAGAUCGACCGGGAGGAGAUCUGCAAGCAGACCAUUCCGUGCCUAUUGCACCUGGAGGUGUUUUUGGAGAGCCCACUGGAGCUCUUUCGGGUGGAGAUCGAGGUGAUGGAUAUCAACGACAACCCUCCCAGUUUUCCUGAGACGGACAUCAGUGUGGAGAUAUCGGAGAGCGCCAUUCCCGGGACCCGUUUUCCGGUGGAGAACGCGUUUGACCCGGACGUAGGCACCAACGCGCUGAACACCUACGCGAUCACGAACAAUAACUACUUUUACCUGGACGUCCAGACGCAGAGCGACGGGAACAAGUUCGCGGAGCUGGUGCUGGAAAAGCCGCUCGACCGGGAGCAGCAGGCGGUGCACCGGUACGUGCUGACGGCGGUGGACGGCGGGGUGCCGCAGCGCACGGGCACCGCGCUGCUGGUGGUUAAAGUUUUGGAUUCCAACGAUAACGCGCCCACGUUUGACCAGUCUGUGUACACGGUGAGCUUGCGGGAGAACUCUCCUGUGGGCACCCUGGUCAUCCAGCUCAACGCCACGGACGUCGACGAGGGACAGAACGGGGAGAUCGUGUACUCUUUGAGCAGUCACAACGCCCCGCGGAUAAAGGACUUGUUCAGCAUUGACGCGAGAACCGGGAGGAUCGAGGUGUCCGGGGAGGUUGACUACGAGGAGAGCAAUACGCAUCAGAUAUACGUCCAGGCGAAGGACCUGGGGGCCAACGCGGUGCCCGCGCACUGCAAAGUCCUGGUCAAGCUGGUUGACGUGAACGACAACACACCGGAGAUCGGCUUCAGCACCGUGACAGAGUCGGUGAGCGAGCAGGACGCGCCGGGCACCGUGAUCGCCCUCUUCAGCGUCUCCGACCGGGACUCGGCGGAGAACGGCCAGGUGAGCUGCGAGCUCCUGGGAGACGUGCCGUACAAGUUGAAGUCCUCGUUCAAGAACUACUACACCAUCGUGACGGACGGCACGCUGGACCGGGAGAGCCUCGACGCGUACACCAUCACCGUGGUGGCCAAGGACACGGGGCAACCCUCGUUGGCCACCAGCAAGUCCAUCAAAGUGCACGUCUCGGACGAGAACGACAACGCGCCGCGCUUCACCCAGGUGGUGUACGACGUGUACGUGACGGAGAACAACGUGCCGGGCGCCUUCAUCCACGCCGUGAGCGCCCUGGACCCGGACAUAGGGCCCAACGCGCUCAUCACCUACUCCAUAUUGGAGUGCGAAAUCCAGGGCAUGUCCGUGGACACGUACGUGUCCAUCAACCAGGACACGGGCUAUCUUUACGCACUGCGCUCCUUCGACUACGAGCAGCUGAAGGAGUUCAGCUUCAUGGUGCAGGCCAAGGACUCUGGCGUGGUCGAGCUACUGUCCAACGCCACGGUCAAUGUGAUAAUCGUGGACCAGAACGACAACACGCCCACCGUGAUCGCCCCCGUGGGGAAGAACGGCACUGCGCGGGAGCACCUGCCGCGCUCGGCGGAGCCCGGGUACCUGGUGACGCGCGUUGUGGCCAUGGACUCGGACGACGGCGAGAACGCGCGGCUCUCGUACAGCAUCCAGCGGGGCAAUGAGAUGGGGAUGUUCCGCAUGGACUGGAGGACCGGGGAGCUGAGGACUGCCCGGCGGGUGUCCCCAAAACGGGACCCGCAGGGCUACUACAAUCUGCUGAUCGAGGUGAGGGACCACGGCCAGCCCCCGCUGUCCUCCUCAGCCAGCGUGAGCGUCGUCCUGGUGGACAGCGUGGUGGAAGGCCGCGGCGGGGCAGACCGGGGCUCGGCCUCCAAGUCCAAGGAGACCACGCUGGACCUCACCCUGAUCCUCAUCAUCGCGCUUGGCUCCGUGUCUUUCGUGUUCCUCCUGGCCAUGAUCGUUUUGGCGGUGCGCUGCCAGAAAGACAAGAAGCUCAACAUCUACACGUGCCUGAUGUCGAGUGGAGAGUGCUGCCUGUGCUGCAGUGCCUGCUGUAGUCGCUCCGCGAGAGGACGCAAGCAGAAGAAGUUGAGCAAGUCGGACAUCAUGCUGGUGCAGAGCACCAACGUGACCACGGGCGUGGGGCCUGUGGGCCAGGUGCCCGUGGAGGAGUCUGGGGUGGGCGGGGUGGGCGGGGGCUUCGGGUCCCACCACCACCAGAACCAGAACUCGUACUGCUACCAGGUGUGCCUGACGCCCGAGUCGGCCAAAACGGACCUGAUGUUCCUGAAGCCGUGCAGCCCGUCGCGCAGCACCGACACGGACCACACCAACCCCUGCGGUGCCUUGGUACCGAGUUACGGUGACCAGCAGCCCGACAUCAUCUCUAACGGCAGCAUACUCUCUAGCGAGACUAAACACCAACGAGCAGAGCUCAGUUACCUGGUGGAUCGGCCCAGGCGCGUGACCAGCUCGGCCUUCCAGGAGGCCGACAUAGUCAGCUCCAAAGACAGCGGGCACGGCGACAGCGAGCAGGGCGACAGCGACCACGACGCCACCAACCGGGGUCACCCAGCCGGCGCCGACCUGUUCUCCAACUGCACGGAGGAGUGCAAGGCCCUGGGCCACUCGGACCGCUGCUGGAUGCCCUCCUUCGUGGGCUCCGACGCCCGCCAGGGCCCCGACUACCGCAGUAACCUGCACGUGCCCGGCAUGGACGCCACGCUCCCCGACACUGAGGUACCGUCGCGACCCGCCGCCGCCGCCACCGCCCAUCACGCCGAUCACGCCGACCAGCUCCUCAUCGCCGCCACCAACUCCACCUCCUCCAUGGCCGCCGCGUCCCACCCCACCAACACCGCCGUCGUGGCGCCCUUGUCCGGCGCCUUGUCCAACGAUAGGUCGUUCUCCACCUUCGGCAAGGACGCCACACAGAGGUCACAGUCACACCACAGCCUUAACCGCCACCUCCAGCCCUCGGCGCCGCCUCAGCAGGGUCCGCCGCCGCCGGGGCAGCCGUUCGGCGCCAGCACGCUAGAGAGGAAAGAGUAUGAUAGGGGGACACUGCUGUACAAACCCACCUUCCUCUGUGAGUAUCAGUACGAGAGCUCGCUGGGACCCCACCAGUUCAGUGUGGCCCAGCACCAGUACUAAAAAAGAGAGGAACGCAAAGAGAGAGAUUUGAGAUGGAAGGAGGAGGGGGAGGGACUUUUAUUUUGCGCCCCUGAUUCUAAUCUGGACUCGUUUUUUGGAAUUUCUGUUGUUUGUCGGCUGAGGUUUUUUGCUUUGAAUGUUAUAUGUGUUCAUAUGAUUUUGUUUCAUUUGGCUCUGUUUUGUGAAUGUUUAUUUUAAGAAUGUUAUAUUUUUGUUAUUUUUUGUUUUUUACCCCAUAUUUCCCCACACCGCCAUUUUACCUAACUUGGUCAUGGCUCUUUUCAAUGUCUGAAAUCUUUGUUUCUUAACAAGACAAUGAUAAAUAAAAAAAAAUGAUCCCCAUUGGAAUGGAAAACAGCUGUGGACACUAUUUUUUAUUUCAUUUGAAUCAACGUAUUUAUUUUCAUCUAUUCUUUUUAAUUUUCUCCAUCUGUUUUGACGUUUCAAGUCUGUCUUUUCCUGAAAUUAUCCAUAAAUACUUUGGCUUUCCAUUAUGUUGCCCUUCGAGGCUGAUGCUCGCGUCAGUAAAGUCACUGAUGCUAGCACGGCUAGCGAGAGGGAAGCCCCUGUUCAUGCAUUCAGUUGAGGGUUCACAAUGACCCUCCUUGUGUCGGCUGUUUUGUUCAACAGCUCAUAAUGACAUCACCACCCAGCAUCUAUAAGGUGGAACACAAAGCCAAUUGUUCAACAUAAGACAGAUUUAGGUCUAACAGAUUUGGUUUGAGGGAAAAUAGAUAGUCCAAAAGACCUUUUUUUGGAAAACAGCUGCAUUAGUUUGAUGAGAUAUUCUAGCGAGCGACAAAAAUAUAUACCGGUAUUUGAAAUUAGUUAUCAGAUAAAGAUCUACUAUGAGUUAAAAACUGAUUUGUUUCAAAUUCAACAUUAACAACGAUCCUCCAUUUUAGUGCAUGUCAACUGCUAAGUAUUAUUAUUAUUACAUUAAUAAUAUGAUACAUUAUAUAAAGCACAUUAUAAAAACCACGGCCUGCUCUCCACCUAUUCAGAAUCAAACACAAUGUCUCUGCUUGUCUCAUGAUAAUGUUUUCAGCCAUUAGAUUAUUGAGUACGGGGGGCUAAAGUCAGGUUGCCUGUGCAUCACGGCUCCCAUGUACUCCAAAUCCAUUACAAUCCCACAUGAUUAAGAGCUAUUUUAAUUCAAAACGCUCUCAUUACACUAAUAUGCUUAUAUGAUUCCAGCACAGUCUCAAAUGUUUUAUGAAAUGAGCAAUAACAGGCAUUGGCAAGCCUGUCAAGGAUGGAAAUAGAAGCCUACUAAAGCAUGACAACCCUCAACACAUCACUGUUCACCAGGGGUGCCCUGGAAAAGGCUUAUGAAAGUUUGAUGAUUCUAUUAUAGCUUUAUAAUGAAGCAAUUACCACUCUUUGUAUUCACCAUGAAUGAGUGAUUAUAUGUCUUUGAAAAAUGUGAA